CAAAUAAUUUGAGCUUGAAGCUCUGCAGACAUGCUCGGUUUCACUGUCAGGCGCUGUUGCGGUGGACUAAACGCCUCAGCAUCGUUACUCAACAAGAGUGCUGCAGCAGCAACACCGAUGAUUUGGUCGAGGUUGAUGGCAACGUAUGAAAGGACAAAACCACACAUAAACAUUGGAACUAUCGGUCACAUUGAUCAUGGUAAAACUACUCUCACAGCAGCUAUCACUAAAGUUCUGUCUGAGAAAGGUUUUGCCAAGUUUCAAGAUUAUGAUCAGAUCGACAAUGCGCCCGAAGAGAGAAUACGUGGCAUCACUAUAAAUAGUCAGCACGUGGAAUACGAAACUGAUAACAGGCACUACUCCCAUGUAGACUGUCCCGGCCACGCUGACUACGUUAAGAACAUGAUAAUGGGGGCCAGUAAGAUGGACGGCUGUAUCCUGGUGGUGGCAGCUACAGAUGGCCAGAUGCCCCAAACCCGAGAACAUCUCCUCCUCGCUCAACAGAUCGGAAUAAAAAAGCUAGUAGUUUUCGUGAACAAGGUGGAUAUCAUGGACGAUGAGGAAAUGUUAGAGCUUGUAGAAAUGGAAAUACAGGAGCUGCUAGAGAAGUACGGGUUCGAUCCUGAUGAGACCCCUGUCGUGUUCGGCUCGGCGAGGUGUGCACUGGACGACGAAAAACCCGAAAUUGGAACGGAAUCCAUCAAAAAGCUGAUGGAUAUUGUGGACGAGUACAUCCCGGCACCUCAACGAGAUUUGACCGGCCCUUUUCUUAUGGCAGCUGAGGGAUCGUUCCAGUUAGCUCGAGGAGUUGUUUGCUCAGGUCGUAUAGAGAGGGGAGUGAUCAAGAAGGGCGAUUUGUGCGAGGUCAUCGGAAAAGGGAAAAGGAUCAAAAGUUCAAUCGUCGGGAUAGAAACGUUCAACAAGACACUAGAAGAGGGGCAGGCUGGAGACGAUGUUGGAGUAUUGUUGAGGGGUGUAGUUAGGGGCGAUAUCAAAGGAGGCACUAUUAUCUGCGCUCCUAACAGUAUUAGCUCUGUCAAACAAUUCCAGGCGACGUGCUAUUUCUUGUCGAAAGACGAGGGAGGAAGACACAAGCCUUUCUUCACCAACUUCCAACCCCUCAUCUACACCAAAGGAUUCGCUGCCAGCUUCUCGGUGCUAUUACCCACAGACACGGAGAUGGUGAUGCCGGGUGAUAAUAUUACGUGUGACAUGAGAUCUAUGUCAGAUACUGGAAUACCACUUGAACCAGGACAAAGAUUUACGAUAAGAGAGUCCGGAAAAACGAUAGGAACUGGAAUUGUGACAACCAUCCAAGAGGAAGUUAAAUUAGUGUCCAGCGGAUAAAACAAAUAUUUAUUGACUGAAUAAGGGACAGUGGUAGUGAUACACUUCACUAGUAGACAGUGGCCCUCAUUUAUUUUCUCAGCUUUUCAUGAUUCUUAUAUUUAUUGUGCGUUCUUUUUUAACGAACA